AGUGUUGCCGCACGGAUCGAACUACGUAGCACUCGACAUUCGGUCUGACACAUCGAGUUUGUUUGAACGAGGCUUAUCGCAUCGAUGUCGACGGUUGACGACUUGGAUCCCCUCACUGCACUUCUCGAAACGAACGCAAAUGGCGAGAACGUCACGCCAGAGGUCUCACCAGCACCCAUUGUGCGUAAAGUAGUCAUAAGCUAUUCAGGUGAGUCGGAAGGAGAUCUUACCGUCACACAAGGAGAAUUGGUGGCACUUACGGACGACGUUCACGGUCACGAGGGCUUUGUAUAUGUUACAAAAACGGAUAGUGGUGAGAGUGGACUUGUGCCAGGAGAAUGUCUCGAAGAAUCAGGUUCAUCAGAAUGUGUCACCUCACACCCUGAAGUCAUGAGACAAUCACAAGUCCAGCCAGUUGCGACAUUUGAUGACACAGACGGCAAGCAACAAAAGCAAUCAACAGCCACUGCUUCCACAACAGCAGCAGAAGAAGCUAGACACGAUUUCUCAGCCAUUGAGAAGCAUCAAAUUAUUUCGAUUGGAGGUACUGACAGAGAAGGCAAACCAGUGGUUAUAGCAUCAGCCUGUCGACUUCCCGACCGUCGCAGUAUUGAUCACAGUGAACUGCUUGAGUACUUGAAAUCCACGUUAGAUCCAUAUGUGGAAAACGACUACACACUCGUCUAUUUUCAUUAUGGAUGGAGCAGUAGCAACAAACCGGGACUGAAAUGGCUAUUAGCUGCAUACAGAGCAUUUGACAGAAAGUACAAAAAGAACUUGAAGAAGCUCUACAUUGUCCAUCCGUCCAUGUUCAUCAAGAUUGUGAUGGGAAUGUUCAAACCAAUUAUUAGUGUGAAAUUUGGACGUAAAGUGACAUAUGUAAAUCGUCUGUCUCAGUUGUCGGACACUCUCUAUGUCGACCAACUGGACAUUCCAGACCAAGUCAGAGAACACGAUUCCGAACUCUGUGAGAAAGACAAGCCGCAGCCGUCUGCAAUGGGCAAAUCCACGUUCCACAUACCAUCAGGAGAGGCAAACAUGGAGACGCAACAAUUUGGAGUCUCAUUGACAUGGUUGAAGAAACAGUCAGGUGGUGAUGACAUCCCCAAGCCUGUGCGGAUGUCAGUCGAAUUUAUCAGAGUUAACACCCUUGACAUUGAAGGAAUUUUUCGGAGAGCUGCUGGUAUUGGCACGAUCAAGGAGAUCAAACAAAGAAUGAAUGAAGGACAACAUGUUGAUUUUGGAUCCUACUUUGACCCACAAAUUCCUUGUGUUAUUCUGAAGACGUUUCUCAGAGAACUUCCAGAGCCGUUGUUAACGUUCGAUCUCUAUGAACCGGUGAUGGUCCUUCAAGAUCUCUCAUCCGAGGACUACCUUGCAACUACUAAGAAACUACUAAGAGAUCAUUUACCACCCCUAAACUAUACAGUGUUGAAGUAUAUCAUGCAGUUGUUGGUCGAGGUAACAGAACAUUCAACUUCAAACAAAAUGGGUGCAUCGAAUCUUGCCAUUGUUUUUGGACCCAAUUUACUUUGGUCACGGACUGAGGCCGCAUCACUAACUGCAAUGUCACAUAUCAACACGUUCACCAAGAUAGCCAUUGAAAACUACAAUUUUCUAUUUGAGAAUUAGCUGUUUCAAUUGGCUUAUUUACAUACAAAACUAUGCAUUGUCGUUAUGUUCUUGUGUUUAAUAAUUCAAGUGGAUUUCUCCACUUACUUUACAUCGCUAUGAAUCUUUAAAAACUCUACCCAGAGCGAUGACACUUACAAUAAUGUUUAUAGUAAACAGGCUCAAAAAGCUUGGCAAUAAACAAUACAUUUGCAAUGAA